GCUAGUGGCAUUUUUCUAUUCCUUGGUUCUUACUAGUGGGAUAGCACUAACCCCUUAUAAAUACACAUGCUAGGGUUAGGGUUAAGUCAUCAAUACACACAAAGGCGUACAUCUUUUUUUUCCUUCUAGUUCAAUCAACCCAAAAGCUGGCUCUUUUCCGUCCUUCACUCCUGUGCUUGAAUGAGAAAACUCGUUACCAGGAACCUCCUGAACAUAUUUCCAUUAACACGUUCAAAAGAUUGUUAGGGUUUUGAAAAGAUGAAGAAACGCCAAGUGGUACUCAAAAGAGAUAAAGGGUCUGGAAGAGCUUCUACUACUUCAUCUUCAGUGGUGAGAAAUGUGAGAUAUGGAGAGUGCCAAAAGAAUCAUGCGGCGAAUAUCGGAGGCUAUGCUGUGGAUGGUUGCAGGGAAUUCAUGGCAAGCGGAGAGGAAGGUGCUGCCGGUGCCUUCAUGUGUGCUGCUUGCGGCUGCCACAGGAAUUUCCACAGAAGGGAAGUGGAAACUGAGGUUGUUUGUGAGUAUUCUCCGCCUAAUUCUAGUCGAAAAUAGAUUUAUAACACACAAAUAGAGUGAAGAAUUUUAUAUGUAUGAUAUAAAUUUGGCUGAUUGUUGUGUGAAACGGGAAAUACAAAAUUAAUCUGCAAGCGGUGUGCAUGCUCUUUUCAAACUUGUUUUAAUAUUGUAUUAUAUCUCAAACUUCAAUUAAUGCAAAUCCUUCAACAAAAAUUGGGAGGACUUUCUUUUC